AUGAAUUAUGUCUUCUUCGACAAAAAUGAAAAGACCUUGAAGAAAUUGACUAUCGUUUCAGAGGAUAGUGAAGAAGUGAGCUGUGUCUUUGUAUCCGUAACAGUAACAGUUAACGUUGCUAAGACCAUGUUUGAAGAUGGUAGCCUCCUCUUCUUUAUUCCGUUGUUUGUUAUCUACGUAUUUAUUGUCAUUGGGAAUCUUGUUGUGUUUUUUGCAAUCAGGGUGGAUACCCGUCUCCACAACCCCAUGUAUAAUUUUAUCAGCAUUUUCUCAUUUCUGGAGAUCUGGUAUACAACUGCCACAAUUCCCAAGAUGCUCUCCAACCUUAUCAGUAGGCAGAGGACCAUCUCCAUGAUUGGCUGCCUCUUGCAAAUGUACUUCUUCCAUUCACUGGGAAAUUCAGAGGGGAUUUUGUUGACCACUAUGGCCAUUGACAGGUAUGUUGCUAUCUGUAAUCCUCUCCGCUACCCAAUCAUCAUGACCCCCAGGCUCUGUGCUCAGCUCUCUGCAGGGUCCUGCAUCUUUGGCUUUCUUGUGUUGCUCCCAGAGAUUGUAUGGAUUUCCACACUGCCCUUCUGUGGACCCAACCAAAUCCACCAGAUCUUCUGUGAUUUUGAACCUGUGCUGCGCUUGGCCUGUACAGACACGUCCAUGAUACUGAUUGAGGAUGUGAUUCAUGCUGUGGCCAUCGUAUUCUCUGUGCUGAUUAUUGCCCUCUCUUAUAUCAGAAUCAUCACUGUGAUCCUGAGAAUUUCCUCUGUUAAAGGCCGCCAGAAGGCUUUUUCUACCUGUGCAGCCCAUCUUGGUGUCUUUCUGAUGUUCUAUGGCAGUGUAGCCCUCAUGUACCUGCGUUUCUCUGCCACUUUCCCACCAAUUUUGGACACAGCUAUUGCAGUGAUGUUUGCAGUUCUUGCUCCCUUUUUCAACCCUAUCAUCUAUAGCUUUAGAAAUAAGGACAUGAAGAUUGCAAUUAAGAAGCUUUUCUGUCCUCAGAAGAUGUUUAAUUUAUCUGCAGAUUAA